ACAGGCUUUGUUUUUCUACUUGAAUUUAUUUUACUCCAUAAUUCAGUUUAAGUCUUAAUUUAGUAUGCAGGAUAUAUAUUAUACGACAUAGAGGCGAACGCAUAUCUCAGAUAAAUAUAUUUCCUUUGGUUUAUUUUAUACUAUAACAAGGAUGCUGGUACUGAAGGUUUGGCGUGCGGGGCUUUACGCGACCUCCCGGCGUGUAGCGUCACGGGCGAUGUGUCAUUCAACACGGAUCGCAUGUUGAUCACGAAGCUGCGUAAUCUGUACGUACGAGACGUGGCAGACGUUAUCAUUUAAAGUUUUCUUUUCAGAAGAUGCAGAUGUAACCAAUUUUCAUCUGAUUUAACGGAUAGUGUUGUGGAUGCAAGGAUGUCCUUGUACGCUUUGAUUGUACCGCUCUUCUGUGUUAUCUUCUCGGCUUGGCAGGUCAGUGCAAAUGAGGACUGUUUGUGGUAUGUGGACAAAAAUGGUACCUGGCACAAUGGUUUUGACUGCCCACUCAUAACGUUCUGCUGCGGGAACUGUCAUCACCGCUACUGCUGCCUGGACGGCUUUAAGAUGAUCACCGAGGCGGCACAGAAACGCUGCAUGCUGUUCCAUCUCAGCCCCUCCACCCUUGCUGGCAUUGCUUCAUCCAUCCUGCUUUUUGUGGCUGCCAUAGCAACCAUGGUCUGUUGCUUCAUGUGUUCCUGUUGUUAUCUGUACCAGCGCCGACAGCAACGUGGUAGAACCCCUUAUGAAGCCCAGCACAUUCCCAUGGCCACCUAUCCUGUGGAGCCCAUGUGUGAUGCUUAUGGUAAACCCAUUGGACAUUACCCUGCAUAUCCAAUGGUGCCGCAGUAUCCCGGUAUCCCUCAUCAGUAUCCCAUGAUGCCCCAGGGUCCUUAUCCUUCUUAUCCUCCUGAUGCAGGAUACAGUCAAGCAGCUCCCCCACCAUACUCCCCUCCCCAGGGCACUGAGAAAGCAGGAGUGUAAGCAGUAAAUGAUAACCCAUACAGUGGAACCGUGUAGGGAAUUUGGGAAUCUCUUGAUUUAUGUUAUUUAUUUCUUGAUUCAUUUGUGGAGCAUGAACUGACCCUGGAUGGCCUCGCUUAGGAGCAUUUCCUCCUUUGAUGUACAGCUUUCACAUACCACUAAUCAGUGAGACCUUCGCCCUUGCAAAUAAAGCAACUCACAGACUCAAAAGACAUUAAACAGAUUGGGUCGCUUUGCUCUAUGUGCCAUUAUGUUUUGUCAAACCCUCCGAAAUGGACAGUAAAAAAAUAUGUUCUUGGCGACAAUGACCUGAAAAAUACAGAAGGGACAAAAGGUUGACAGUUUUGGGAUAUUGAUCUCUGUUCAGCCAAAUAAGAGGAGGUUUGUACCUGCACUGCAAUAGACUUACUUAUGUGUCUCUCCCUGCUGGAUCACUUUAAAUGUGUUUGUUUGACUGCUAUUCCAAGCAUGUCAAGUGCAUCAUUAGCAUAAAGUCAUGUAGUACACAGUUCACACUAACAUGCAGUAUGUAAAUAAGAGAUAUGAUAAGAACAUUAAUUUUAUUUUUCAUUGUAUCCUCAAAACCAGCCAAACCACUUUGUGAUAUGUUCAUUCAGUGCCAUUUGCAGGAUCAACUGUAAGGAGUUACAUUUAUACAUAAUACUUUCAGAUUAUCAUUUCACAUUCACUUAUUUUGCGUUAUGUCCUUACAGAGCCCUCUGUAGAUUUGUAAAAUUGAUGACACAUUUAAAUGGAAAAUUAUAUGAAUUAUUGUUUUAUUAAAUGUUGAAAUUUUAAGGUACAUUUGUUUUGAUUUUGAAAUUGUUUCUACUACCUCCGCAUCUCAUAUGAGUAAUAUUAGUAGUGAUGGUUUGUUAACUGUUUAAAUAACAUGUAAGUUAUUUAAAUUAAUGCAUAGUUAACUGUGUUUUUUUCUAUGUAUAUGCAGCAAAUGCUAAUGUAUGUCUCACUUUGGAAUGUGAAGUACAAAGAAACAAAGCUAUCAGAUAAAUUUGUACAAUGUGGAGCCUUAACAAGUGUUUUAAACUUGGAAUAAAGGUAAACGAUAAAUUAGUGUUUGCACUAACGAUCAGAAGAAGACUGAUCAAGACGUAUUGCGUAAUUCUCUUUUUACAAUAAAAACAGCUUGGACUUUG